AUGACGGCCAAGGACUGCGGCCACCACGACCGCCGGAGGCACCGCCACCGUAUCCUCGCCGGCGUCCUCACGCUGACAGCCACCGCCCUGGCCGUCCUUCUCGCAUGGGUCAUCCUCCGCCCAUCCAAACCCCACUUUGUCCUCCUGGACAUCGCACUCCGCGUCUUCAACCUAUCGGCGUCCAGCGAUCUCCUCACGGCCAGCCUCCAGGUCACCCUCUCCGCCCGGAAUCCCAACGGUCGGGUCAGAAUAUAUUAUGAUCGGGUCGACGCUUACGCGGCCUACCGGAGUCAGCAGGUCACGGUGGUGGUGCGGCUGCCGCGGUCUUACCAGGGGCAUGGGGACACCACGCUGUGGUCGCCGCUCCUGGCGGACAUGCCGCUUGCGCCAUAUCUCGCGGCGGAGCUCCGGAGGGACGAGGCGGCGGCGUUGGACGUGCGUGUGGACGGCCGGCUGAGGUGGAAGGUCGGGGCCUUUGUGUCUGGGAGGUACCACCUCCACGUCAAUUGUCCCGUCAAUAUUAAUUUUCAGAUUGGUAAUAAAAAUUUUGAUCAAAAUAAUAAUGACAAGAAGAAUAGUAGUAAUGGCGUGGUUGUUGGGUCGGGGAAGAAGAAGAAGUAUCAGCUGAUUAUGGACUGUCACGUUGACGUUUGA